CGUCUGCAAUGGCAAGAGCAGCGGCGGCGGAGGCCUUCUCGCGGCGCCUGGGCGCGGCCGUGCGCGGCCUCUCCGGCGCAUGGUACAACCGUCACAUGGCCGCCGCCGACCGCGCAAUCCGCGCCCGACUUCCCCUCGUCGACCUCGUCCUCGAGGUCCGCGACGCCCGCGUACCCGCCUCCUCGGCGUUCGAGCUUCUCCACCGCCGCUCCCCGGAGGAGCCCGACGUGCGUCGGCUCGUCGCGCUCAACAAGGCCGACCUGGCAGAUCCGUCCGAAACCGAGAAGUGGGUAGCGUUCAUGAAGCAAAGGGGCUGCUCGUGCAUCGCGGUCAAUUCACACAGCAGGGAAAGCAUCAAUGAGCUGUUGAAUGCUGUGCGGGGGAGGAUCAGGGAAAUCAAGCUCGGGGUGAGUGACUGCACCGGAACUGUUCUCUUUGUCGGUAUCCCUAACGUUGGCAAGUCGGCCAUGAUCAAUGCGAUGCAUCAAAUUGGGAGGAUUGGGGCAGCAGAGAAGGGGAAGCUCAAGCAUGCCAUCGUCAGCAGCCAUCCAGGUGAAACCAGAGAUAUAAGUGGCUACAAGGUUGCUACUCAUCCAAAUAUAUAUGUGUUAGACACUCCUGGUAUUCUAUCUCCUAUAUUUGCUAAUGAUGAAUCUGGUCCCAGGCUAGUUUUGACAGGAGCAAUUAAGGAUUCCUUGUUAGAGGAGUAUGAGAUUGCGCAAUUCCUUCUUGCAAUUCUGAACUCAAGGAAGGAGUGCACGGAGUGGGAGAACCUGAAUCUAGUCGGAGAUAAAUCUUCUUUUGCUGAUGCAGUUCCCACCAGGAGUUGCCAUACUAAAAGGCAGUAUUCCUCAGAUCAUACCCAGGAUUUCAUUGUUAGAGCCGUUCGUCAAGCGCUUUGUGAGACUAUAGCAUCUUUUCAGGGAGACUUAGGAAAUGAUAAUGAUUUAAGAAGAUUGGUAGAAAUCCAGUUUACAUACUUGCAGAAUGCUUUCAGGCUUCCUGCUGAAACAAGUGAGGAUAUGAAUAAACGUGUUGCUAUUAAGUUACUCAAUCUCUAUCGCACCGGAAGGCUUGGCCAUUAUACCUUAGACCAUGUUCCAGAUGUUAGGCAGGAGCUAGCUGCAUAAUCAUCCAAUGUGAAACAUGGGUCAGAGAAGAAUAUAUUCGGAUAAAAAUAGUUACUCGCCGAGUCCGGAAAACGGGUGAAUUACUAUUCACUUGAUAGAUUAAACAUCCUUC